AAGAAUGAAACAAAGAUGGCGGCCUCCAUGCUGAGUCAAAAGCAAAAGCUUCCUUCGGGCCAAAGUUCAGAUGAGUGGACAAUUAGAGAAAAACUGGCUUUAGCUUCGUCUGUGGUUCGAAGUGGCGAUCAAAACUGGGUUUCUGUAAGUCGUGGUAUCAAACCGCUGCUUGAAACAGGAUGUUGUGCUAAACCACGGCCACCUGAUUUCUUCUCUCAGAAGAACUGUGCAGUACACUACUCAGAAAUGCUUGAAAAAGUGAACACACCAAAGAGGAAGCGUACUAAUGAAGGAGGUGGGGCUGAAACACCUGGUGACCAAAUUGUUAGAAAAUUGACCUUUGAUAGAAUUGAAGAAUUAAAGAAAUCUAUCAGAAAUGAUCAACAAACCUACAAGAAACUUAAGGACAGAAUAGAAGAAGUACGAAGUGGAAAACUUGACCUUCAGCUUCCUGCCUUGUGGGAGGAAAUUAAAAUGAAAAAGAAGAUGAGGCCACCACCUGCUCCCCAGCAAGAAGGGGACAGCUCUGGACCAGUUACCCCAACCACACCCACCACGCCCACCAUGCCCAUCACCCCUACUACACCUGGAGCACAACCAGGGGUACAAACAGGUGGUGCCAAACCUCAAGGAAGUCAACCCCUGUCCUCUCCUCAGAAAGGGAAACAACUGAGAGUUCCUAAGCCAACAGCAAAAUUUCAGAAGUAUCAGAAACAGCUUCAACAGAGACAUGGACAUUCUUCCCAGUCUUCCCCAAUCAGUCAGACACCUGAUGGACUGGCCACCACCCCUGUGGACAGGUCCCCUUUAGAUGGAGGAACAUUCUCACCAGGACUUGGAGGAGGGCCUUCUGGAGGACUAGGACAAAGUGGAUCAUUUCCAAGUGCAACUCAGAGUUCUAAGGGAGAACCAAUGGAUGUUGACUUGAGCACCAUUUUGGCCUCUGACUCACAAGGUGACAUGGUCCCUCAGGCAUCUCCUCGAAAAACAGAUCGUGUACCUCAAAGCCCACUGAGACCACAGAGUGGUGCAUCAGCACCAGCAGUAGCCAGCUCUCAGGGUUCUAAUGAAUCUCCAUUAGUUUCAUUGCUAUCUCAGCCAUCCUCAAAGGACAGUAAACAGAUAAGAAGGGCCAGCAACCCUGAACAGGAGAUGCCCCCAACUAAGGAGCUUGAGAGUCAUUCCUCACAAAGUGGUCAGCUAUCUGAGCCACUACCAACUCCACACUCAACAGCAUCCCAAGGUACUGGCCAGACCUCAGACCCGCAAAAAUCUGAUGGAAAGCAUUUUUUAGGGGUUACUCCCUCCAUGGAGCCCGCAAAGCUGGACUCCAUGAGGGAGAGAACAGGAAACACACCUCAAGUCGCAGCUCCAUCAGUCACCGCCCCCACACUUUCUAAACUUCUUGCUGAUACUCCUGCUACAUCUCCCUCUGUCAACUCUGUUUCAUCACUUGGAGGAGCAGUACCUAAGACCCCAGGAGGUAUGGAUUCCUCUGUAUUGGUGGAGCCAUCAACAGGGACACCUGUAGAAAACCCUUUAUCUGUGAUUGGGAGUGGCAGGGGCACCACAGGAGGCACUCAAGCUGUUCUCAGCGUUUCCACACCCAUGCCAGCCAUCUCAGUCAAUCCCAAGGCUGCUGCUCUGACCGCGACUUUGCCCUCCCCUUUGGCAAUUACACCUCCACCCACUACCCCUCCGGCAGACAGGAAGGAAAUAAUAGCCCAAAAGUUUGAACCAGCGGUGAAAAAUUCCGAGAAAAACAGCGGUACGGAAAUUACGAGCGACGAUCACGAAAAUGACGCCAACACUGCCCGAGCCUCCACUGAACGGUCAGCGCCCAUCCCUGAAGUAAAAGUUGAGACUAUUGAGACCCCAGUUUCUUCUCCGCGAGUCCAGAAACGUGCGUCCAAACCCGGGAGGCCUGGUCGACCAUCAAGAGCAGCACGAAGGAAUCAACGACAUCGCAGCAAAUCUGCAACCUCGACGGACAAUGAAGGUGACGUAGAAGAGGAUCAUGAAGAGGAAUCCAAAAUGGAGACUUUAGAUGUGGAAUCUGAGAAGGCCAGUGAAAAGACGGAAGACGAAGAAGAAAACGAGUCGAUUGCCGAGGAAAAGAAAGAGGACAGCGAUGAGGAGAUGGAGCGGGACAGUGGAGACGAGGCAGUGUCUGACCAAGGGGACCAGAGUCAGUCUGAGAAGGAUGAACCCUGCACCUCCAUGAAAGAAUUCUUGAUGGACAAGGCGGGAUCUGAAUCGGUCCCCGGUAGCCCCGCUUCUCAAGUGUCCCAAGGAAGUAGUGACGAACAAGAAGCCAUUCAGGCACAGAAAACGUGGAAAAAGUCAAUAAUGCUGGUCUGGAGAGCUGCAGCCAAUCAUAAGUAUGCAAACGUUUUUCUGCACCCAGUUACUGACGAUGAGGCUCCAGGUUACCAUGGCAUUGUUUUCAGACCUAUGGAUUUAUCAACGAUAAAAAAGAACAUUGAAAAUGGGACCAUUCGUACAACAAGCGAAUUCCAGAGAGAUAUGAUGUUGAUGUUUCAGAAUGCUCUCAUGUACAACAGCGCUGAUCAUGACGUGUAUCGCAUGGCGGAAGAGAUGCGUGACGAUGUCAUGGAACAAAUCCAGUCGUACAUUGCCACUCAGAUUAUGGUCGAUUCAAAGAUGUUACGGGGCCACAGACAAGAUGUGUUUCACAUCUUCUUAUGAGCUUCAUCAUUUACCUAGCUCGAAGGCUUUCAACUCGGCCUAUCGGGAUGUCUUCAUCGGUCUCUUUUCCGAAGUGGACGGGCUGCGUUCCAGUUUAAGUCACGGUCUUAGCAAAUUCAUGGAUAACUUUUUGGGGAUCAGCUUUCGAUUUCGGGAAAGUUUUUAUACAAUACUAAUUCUAUUUUCCUUGGACUUAGCUACGAUUAAAAGGGAUUUGGUUUGA